UUAAAUUUAGUGUGUGACAACUGCUACCAGUAGUAUUCUACUCCUACUCAACACUAAUCAAUUGAUCUUUUGCUCGGUUUUUUUUCUUGGCGACGGCGGCGGCGAUGAACGAUGCGGCGGCGGUCACAUCCGAGAAGCGGAGGCGGGAAGAGCCUCUGGCGGCGGGGGCGGCGGCUUCCGCAUCGAAGAUGCGGCGGCGGGAUAAGCCGGAACCGCAGGAGGCCCCGGCGAGCGCGGACGACGAGGAUGCGACCCUCGACCGCAUCAGCGAGCUCCCCGCCGACAUCCUAGGCAGCAUCCUCUCGCUCCUCCCCACCAAGGAAGCCGCGCGGACAGCCGUUCUGUCCUCCGCGUGGCGCGACACCUGGCGAUCCGCCCCGCUCAACCUCGCCGUCGACGACGACCUCGCCGGGCAAGAGCGCAACCGCAUCACCGCCGUCUCCGAGAUCCUCGCCUCCCACCGCGGCCCCGUCCGCCGCCUCUCCCUUGACACCAUCCGCCUCGGCCGCGACCGCUUCGCCAGGUUCGACGGCUGGUUCCGGUCCCCCGCCCUCGAUGGGCUCGAGGAGCUCAACUUCUACGGAGACGGCACUCAGCCGCGGCUGCCUCCGCCGCGCCCGCUUCCCCUGCCGCCGUCUGCGCUCCGCUUCGGCCCCACGCUGCGCGCCGCCAGCAUCGGCGGCUGCGAUUUUCCCCAGAUUGAUGCGGCCCCUGUGCUCAGCUUCCCUAAGUUGAAGCGGCUCAAGCUCUACGAUGUCUGCAUCUCGGAGGCGGCCCUCCACGGCCUUCUUGCUGGCUGCACUGUGCUUGAGAGGCUUCAUCUUCAGGACAUUUACGGGUUCAGCACCGUCCGGAUCAUCUCGCCGACUCUCUGAUGCAUUGGUGUCUCUGUAUGCCCGAUGAACGAAGAACAUACAUUCCAGGAGCUUGUCAUUGAGGAUGCACCCUGCCUCGAAAGGAUGAUGCAAGUUGGUCCUGUGGUUCCAGGAAAAAUCAAGGUCAUGGCAGCGCCGAAACUGACGGUGUUGGGGUACGUAUCAACCGAAAUGCGCAAACUUAUGAUCGGGACCCUAAUUCUUAAGGAAAAUAUCCCCAUCCCGUUCACUGGGUCGGCAUGUACAGUGAAGAUUUUGGUUCUGGGACCUAGCAGCUCUAAUGGGGAGGCAUUUGUUGAAUUCCUUAGAUGCUUUCCCUGCUUGGAGAAGCUGUGCAUUCAGUCAUAUCUGGAGAAAGUUCGGCAAAAUGGCACACUUGUCGAUCCUAUCAACUGCCUUGAUCUGCAUCUCAGAGAAAUAGUACUGAACGCUAUCGAGGCAAUAAACGCAAUGUUAACUUCGCCAAGUUCUUUAUUUUG